AUGGCCCAGAGCGUGGUCUACGCCGACCUGAAGUUCGCAGCAUCCGUGCCCUCCUGCCCCGCAGCCCCUGAUGAGGACGACAGCCCCUAUGAGAACGUGCUGCUGGGGACGGUGCCUGCAGAGCCCAGCCCAGGUCAGAGCCCGGCCACCGACAUGGAGAUACUGUGGGCACACCUCAUCUCAUCUCAUCUCAUGUCACCUCUUGCAGGGCGAUGUCCCCGGCGCUGGCGUGUCCCCAUGGGGCCGCUGGCCGUCAGCCUGCUGGUGCUGCUGGUGCUGCUGGUGGUGGGUACCGUGGCCCUGGGGACCUGCUACUGGCAGGUCACCCGCAGCCUGCGGGACGCCUCCCGGGAGCACGCGGCCGAGCAGGGCCGCCUGGAGCAGGAGCUGAGCGCCCGGGAGCAGCGCCUGGAGCAGACGCGGCUGGAGCUGGGGAGGGCCAGAGCGGAGCUGGGGCGCGCCUGGCGGGACGGCAACAGCAGCCGAGCGGCGCUGGAGCGGCAGGACAUGGAGCUGGGGCGCGCCAGGCAGGAGCUGGCCGAGCUGCGCAGGGAUGUGCAGCGCCUGCAGGGAGAGCUCAACAGCAGCCAGAGCACCGUGGCCAGCCUGCGCGCCUGCGUGAACACGGAGUGCUGCCCCUCGGGCUGGGUGCUCUACAGGGGCAAGUGCCUCUUCAUCUCCGUGGAGAGCAAGACGUGGAAGGACAGCCAUCAAUACUGCCAGAGGACAUCCGCCCAGCUGCUGGUCCAAGCCGACUGGGCAUCGUGGACAGCGCCGGUACAGAGCAGAGGGGCUGCAGCACCGCAGGGAUGGGGGCAAUGCUGGGGUGGGCAGAUCCAGCAGCAGCAGCGCUGCAGAGGUGCUGGGUGGCACCGCCAGAUCCAGGACUCUCGGGCACCUGAUGGGCUCUGGGCAUGGGGAAGGCAGUUGACAGCUUCUAUCCCUCAGCUCUUCAUGCAGGGGAAUGGCGCCGUGUACUGGGUCGGGGAGAGAUACAGAGGUCAUCUCGAUUCACGUGAGGACAGAAGUUGGGUCUGUCCGGGAAUAUCCUAUGGAGAGAUGGAAAGAUUCUACUGCUCAAGAAAAUUGCCAUGGAUCUGUGAGAAGCUGCCAGAUGUGAGGAGCACGUCCAAGACCGUCCCUCCUCUCCCAGCCAAGUGGUAA